UAUUCCUAUUUCUAAGAGCAAUUCAUAUGGGAUUUCUAUCCCUUUUCCACCUUAUCUUGGAACCGUUUCCAUUCCCAGGUCUUCCUCUCCCAGCUUUCGGUGAGCAGAAGAAGGAAACGAACAGUUAACAAGGAGAAAAGCUUAAAAAUUUCUUCAUCGCUUUCUUUUUGUUGCAGAAAGUAUUAAUGGAGGAAAUUCCAAGCCUGCUUAAAAGCAAGUUUGUUUAAGAAAGGGAAGAAGAAAAUCGAGAGUUCUACAUGGCGAAAGAGCAGCAGAUAUCAUUUGGCACCAGCCAGUCUUCAGCUUCCAUGCAUGAAAACUACAUAAGCAAGGAAUCCGGUGGUGCCUAUGAGUUAGGGGAUUUUGAUCAAGCUUUUUUUAUGUACCUAGAUGGGCAGGAGCACAUAUCAGCUCAAGAACAAAGAGAAACUCUAAAUAUUUUCCCAUCAGAGCCAAUGCACGUAGAGCCAUCUACCAAGUUUGGUAUGAGCUUAGGCGCUUCAACAGUAAAAAGUGCUUCAAAGAAAUCAAUAGAACAACCCAUAGCUACAAGCAACGGUAAAAAUACCUCUGCUGUUCAUCCUCAAAAUACAACCAAGAGUGAUAAAUUACCAGUGAAGAAAGAAGGAAGCAGAAAGGCUACAACAUCAAGCUCAGAUCAUGAAGGACCCAAAACACCAGAUGCAAAGACAUUACGAAGGCUUGCUCAAAAUAGAGAGGCAGCAAGGAAGAGCAGACUUAGAAAGAAGGCGUAUGUUCAACAACUAGAGUCGUGUAAGAUGAAGCUUAAUCAGCUAGAACAGGAGAUUCAAAGGGCAAGAACACAGGGCGUCCUUCUUGGGGGUGGCAUAUUAGGAGAACAAGGCUUACCCUCAAGCUCCGAUGGCCUCAGCUCAGGUGCUGCUGUGUUCGACCUUGAGUACGCAAGGUGGCUGGAAGAGCACCACCGCCUCAUGAUGGAAUUGCGGGCGGCGAUGCAGGAACGGCUGCCGGAAAACGAUCUUCAUAUAUUCGUCGGCAGCUCUCUCGCCCAUUAUAACACUUUGAUGAAUUUGAAGAGUAUGGCUAUCAAGGCCGAUGUCUUUCAUAUCAUCUCGGGAAUGUGGAAGACGCCUGCGGAGCGCUGUUUUCUUUGGAUGGGAGGAUUCUGCCCUUCUGAGAUCAUUAAGGUUAUCUUGAGCCACAUUGAUCCCUUAACAGAGCUACAGCUACUGGGAAUAAGCAAAUUGCAACAUUCUGCACAAGAGACUGAAGAGGCCCUCAGCCAAGGACUUGAAGCCCUCUAUCAAUCUCUGGCCGACACCAUCGUCUCCAAUAAUUUUAUCUUCACGUCGAAUAUGGCCAAUUACAUGGGUCAGAUGGCCAUAGCUAUGAACAAGCUCUCCACACUUGAGAGCUUCGUUAGACAAGCUGACAACUUAAGGCUGGAAACACUUCAUCGGCUCUAUGAAAUAUUAACGGUACGCCAGAGUGCAAAGUGCUUAUUGGCCAUUUCUGAAUACUUUCAUCGUCUCCGAGCUCUAAGUUCCCUUUGGCUUUCUCGCCCAAGGCAUGAGUAAUGCUUAUAUGAAAUAUGAAAGAAACAGAAUUUAAGGAGAGUUAUCACCAUAUAAAGUGGCUUCUUUUUUAUCUGAUUGGUAUAGCUUUGCUUGUAUUUUACUUAGAUGCAUAAAUGCUAAUAAAAUCUUUAAUAAUACUUAAAGUUAUCAGC